AUGGACCCCGAAAUGAACAAGCUCCUCAAAUGGAGUGUCACCAACUCGCAAGCCUCCGCAGGCGCUGAUGGUGAAGGCAGUGCUCCCAAUGCCACCGAAGCCGCCAAGACCAUGACCCCCGAGAUGCUGAGCCGACUCUUCGGUGGACCCUCCGACGCCGACUUGAUGCGCGCGGCCAUGGAGGUCGUCCACGACCCCGAGACCGAUCUGGAGAACAAGUUGAUCGCAUUCGACAACUUUGAGCAAUUGAUUGAGGGAAUUGAUAAUGCGAACAACCUGGAGCCAAUGGGUCUCUGGACCCCGCUUGUCCAACUGCUCAAGCACGAGGAGACCGAGAUCAGACGUUACGCCGCGUGGGCGAUCGGCACCGCUGUGCAGAACAACCCUAAGGCUCAAGACAAGCUCGUUCUCCUCAACUCCAUCCCCGACCUCGUUACUCUCGCCACUACAGACGCCAACCAGGCUACCCGCAAGAAGGCCGUCUACGCCAUCUCCUCCGCUGUCCGCAACUACCAGCCUGCUAUGAAUGAGUUGAACAAAAGCCUGCCGGAAGGCUACCCCACCGAGACCGACGCAGGUGACAUGGACGCUGUGGAUGCUGUUAUGGACAAGCUGCGCGCUACCCCAGUUGAAGCAUCGACUUGA